AUGGACAAAAUUCAGUAUCAAUAUCUUCGUUACAACAGAUAUCUGAUGAAUGUUCUUGGACAAUGGCCAUCACAGAAUACCUUAGAAAGAUUUCUAAUAUCCGUUAUAUUCGUGCCAACUAUUGCAGCGCAGUUAAUUUUUCAGGGCGGUGGUUUGAUAUGUGCUAUAGUUGAUAUGGAUGCCUUUAUGGAGGGUGUAGCACCCUUUAUCAUCAGUCUCAUGUGUUUAGCAAAAUAUAUCAAUUUUGCAUAUAAUUUUGAUCAAGAGGAUUGGAGAUUUUAUAUGAAAUACGAGUAUGAACGUAAUAUUCUUUAUCGAUAUUACGAAGACGCAAAGAAAGCUACUUUUGGAUAUUCAGCCACUGUGUAUGGUUCGAUGCUACCGUUCAUGAUGGUACCAACUUUGUUAAAUGUUGCCAAUGCUUUUGGAGCCCUUAACGCGACUAAUGACAAACCUUUAUUAUUUCGAGUUGAUUAUUUCAUCGAUGUGGAAACUUAUUAUUAUCCUUUAUUAAUACAUUCUUAUUUUGCUACGAUAGGAUAUAUCACGAUUGUCGUUGCAAUGGAUACGAUUAAUCUAUUGUACGUUCAACAUGGUUGUGCAUUAUGCACUAUUUUAGGAUAUUAUUUAGAGAACAUAGUGAAGAGCGACGAUUUAGAAAUAAAUCUAAUUCCAAAUCCUCGUGACGACGAGGGACAUCAUUUUAUGAAGGAAUGCGUCAAACUUCAUAAUCAUGUAAUAAAUUACGCCAACAAACUCGAGAGGACGAAUACGAUUUCUCAUUGUUUUCAACUUAUCUUAAAUAUGAUUGGCAUAAGUUUUACAGGAUUUCAGGCUGCCACGAAGAUGGAUAUGCCAGAAGUAGCUUUGAGAUAUGCAUGUUUUACAAUAUGCUUAACAUUCGUCGUCUUCCUCGAGAGUUGGCCUGGACAACAAUUGGCCGAUCAUACCGAUCGAAUUAGCGAAUAUGCUACCAGUGGAAAAUGGUAUCAAACAUCGUUAUCCACUAGAACGGACUUGAGUAUCAUGCUAAUGAGAUGUUUAAAACCAAUUCAAUUAACCGCUGGAAAAAUAUAUGUUCUAAAUUUGGAGAAUUUUAGUAGGGUCGUCCGAACUUCCUUUUCCUAUUUCACGGUAUUAUGUUCCGUACAAUAA